AGGGUACCAGUCUAGCUUUUAUAGUGACCUCCUUGGUUUUAGAUAAUGGGUCCAAAAUCAAAGUCAAAAUCUUCUUCAUUUUCCACUGAAACAGCACCUGUUGAAUCAGAAUCAUUCUCGCCGGUUAAAAUAAGCGUACCAUCUCCCAGGCAACAAGGGAACCUGACGGGCAGUGCUCGAAAGCUGAAGGAUGGAGCAGCAGAUAUUUACAAUCAGCUGCAGAAGUGGCGAUCACUCAACACUGAUGGAGUUGACAUUGUCAAUGAAAUUGCAAAUAUCAAGCUAGACAAAAUACUGAGUAAAAAUGAGGACACCACUUCCCACGACCUGCUUCCUGAAGCACUCAUGCCGCUCUGUGACAAACUCUACUCAGUGUUUGUUAAAAUGGAGAAGGUGUUGUCUAGGCUUUCUGGAUUGGUGGAGAUGGCGAGAGGUGUGUCAGAGCUUGAGAGUUUCAACCAAUCAGAUGACAGAGAACACAUCUUCUUUCAGUCAUGGCCAACACAUAGAUUUGCUGAGGUGUUUGAGGAGAUCGAGACAAUGUACAGCGCGGAGCUGCAGCUUAAGCGAUGUAUAGCGGAGAACAUCUGUUUUGCUGCAGACAGGAACACCCUGAUGUUCUACACAGCAUCCUGGCUCCACCAGCCCCACGUAGAACCCAGCACUGACAUUAAUUUGGAGAGCCUGCUACUGGAGACUGGACACAAGACUUGAAAGUAGUUCACAUUUACAUUUUAAUAGUUGCUGUGUCUAAAUGCAACUGUUAAAUACCAAACACAGAUCUUUCAAUCUGUUCGCUGGAAGUUGGACUCACCACAUUGUUUUUUUUACGGAUACAGCUAAAAUACUACUGCAGGACAUUAUUAUAGAUCUUGAACAUGUUCUAGGAAACUAGCUUUUUACCAACAAACAAUGAUGUUGACUCUAUUAAACUACCAAACUUGACAUUUCUGUAACUGCGUGCAAGAAAAAGACAAGAGGGAACAAAAAUCUUAUUGACAGAAUCUAACUAGACACAGACUAGCUAUUGGAUGUUAAUUAUGUGUACACAAGGAGAUAAAACAGAAACACACAUAGGAAGAUUAAAAGGAACAAGAGUCUUCAUAGUUACUUUUGUUAUCAAUGUUGAAUUUAUAAACAAAUGUAUGAACAAAAUAUGUGAACCAUAGUGUUGCCCUUGAUGGUUGAAUGACUGUUACAUAAUUUGCGGGUGCCCUAUGGUUUUCAAGCUGACUGACUGUCUGUCCACAUGUUUUAUGUUUUUUUCUUUAAUAACAACUUGAAAACCAUUGAAGAAUUUUUUUUUAAGUUUUAUGACAAGAACCUAAAUUCUAACAUAACUAUUGUUAUAAUUAUGGCCCUUCAUGAAUUGACUCAAAUUCAAGAAUUUGAAUUAAUUGAAAUCACAACUUGUUAAUAAGGUAUUUGAUGAAACUUGAGGCAUUAAUAUCUCACAUGUUGAACUUCUGUCUAAUACAAAUAAACAGAGCUGUUACAGGAUUGACCACUAUCCUCACUCAAUGCCUGGAUACAGUAAUGGCAAACUAUUUAUAUUUGGAAAUAAUUAUAUGAAAAUAUGCUUUUAUAGGAGUUAUCGUCAUUGUAAGUUGGAAAGAGGCCAUUACUGCCUUAUAUAUUAAUAGCUGUAACCAGUGGAUAUUGACCUGUAUUUUAUAGUUUUAAACCAGUGUACCCAACAUAAUUUAAAACCAUUCUGUUGUAACUGCCAUAGGUUAUUGUCUGUUGAUCUGGAGAGUCAAUUCUAAGUUUACAAGAGAUGUUUGUCAAACAUUAUGCCCCUCUUUUUGUGCCAUGUUGUCAGGAAUAUUUGGACAAUUGAAUGAAAUAUGCAUGGACUGAAAUGACAGCUGAUUUGUCAUUGACAUUGGAUGCCUUUGAGGCAGUCUAAAGAUUAUGACCACUCAAAGUGUGAGGAAAGUAGGUGCUGUUUUUAAUCAUGUUCAGGUGAUGACUGAUAAACAUGUAUCCUCCUAGCUUGAAUGUCCUAUAUGAGUUGUGACCAUGACCUUUGACCUAUGAACUCAAAAUCAAUAGGGGUCAUCUAUUGGUCACCACCAACCUAAAUGUCAAGUUUGAGGGCCAUGGGUGCAGGCAUGGUCGAGUUGUCACACAGACUAGCUUUUUGCCUUCAAGAUCAUUGUGACCUUGACCUUUGAUCCGAUCAAUCAAUAGGGGUCAUCUACUGGUCAGGCCCGUUCUCGAAGUCAAGUCUGAGGGCCAUGGGUGCAGGCAUUGUUGAGUUAUCACUCAGACAACCUUUUAGCAUAUAAGGUCACUUUGACCCGAUGACCCCUUAAAUCAAUAGGGGCAUCUACUGGUCAGGCCCAACCUUCAUGUCAAGUUUGAUGACCAUAGGUCCAGGAAUUGUUGAGUUAUCUCUCCGACAAGCUUUGGUUUACCAACGAUACAACCGACGGACAUGUGCAAAGCAAUUUACCCCCUCUUCUUCGAUAGGGGUCAUAAAAAUGGGAUAUAACUACAUAUAAAAUAGUUGUGUGUAACCAAACAUUAUUUAAAUCUGUCAGUCUGGCAUUUUGUAUUUUAUGGCACUAAACAUAUGCACACAAUAAUAUUUAAAUCAGUCAACAUUUUCAUGAGUUAUUGUCUUUACGCCUUGGAAACCAACAGAAUGACAGGCAAACAAGCUCACUCUGAGACUUGUUCUUCAAAAAUUGCCUCCAUUUACAAACAAGAUUUUUUUUGUUCAAGGCAAAAAGAAAAUUAGAAUUGGGCGGAUAGCGAUGUAAACUUAACACAUUUUAAGAACAACUACUCUGUGACCUGUUGUUCCCAAAUUACUUCCCUUUUACAAACAAACUCUUGAUAAACAAGUUUGUAUGCAAGGUGUUCAAGGGAUGAAUGCAAUUUGUUCCCAUCUAAAGAACCAUAUAUAAUCUAUAAUACAUUGGUCCAUUUGACGUUAAUAAUGUGAAAGGCAAGCUUAACAAACUUUAAUUGGGCAUAAUUUUCAAACUGUAUUGUCAGUAAUUUAAAUGAUGUCUACUCUUUAAUGUGUAAUAAAAAUAAUAAUACAGAUGUAAAGUAAACAAUCUAUGUAUACCAUCUGUUUAACAUGAAAUAUAUGUAAAUCUCAUGUUGCAACUACAAUACUGUGUGUUUUGUAUAUGCUCUCACCUUUGUCCUCUGUUAGGCAGCCUGUGAAGGUAACCUUUAUUUCGUCAUAUUGUGGGUUGUUAUUGAUUUUAACGGAUGUUUAAUGCACAUGUGGGCCAUAUUUUUACUAUCUAGCCUCUUAGACUCUCCUUGGCUCAUUUGACUACAGUUUAGUUUAAGAAUGAUUCGCUUUGACAAGCAAUAAAUUCAUGGCCAAUCAUGCAUGGGUUCUGAUCAAUGGUUAUUUGAGUUAAAGAUGCACUAUUACCAAAUGAGAUUUACCAUUAUUAAUAUAUUGUUUUAAUAUUCCAAAAACGAUGAAUAAAUGUUGAAAACAAUA